AUGGCAGAAAUAGAGAGAGGUACCAUUUGGAAACUAGUUUCUCCAACUUGGUUUCAUGUCUAUGAAGAUCUUGCUCCCAAAGAGUCCUUGGGAAGGAUGGAUAGAAAGAGCUUAGCUCAAACAAUCCGUCCUCCGUCCAUUGAUAAUUUAAGAUUAUUAGUACUGGUUUUCCCGUUUAAAAGUCCCGUUUUCUCCUUCGAUCGUGCGGGGCCGGGCGCGGCGGCCCGGGCGAGGCAUCGGCGUGAGAUGAGGCUGGAGAGGCGGCUCCGCGGGAGGAAGAGGGAAGGGGAGAAAGGAACGGGACCAGCAGGACGAAAUGAGAUCCGCGGCGCGGCCAGACGGGAGGACGGGCACUCGGUAAGGGACGCGUCCGGCGGGGACCGGGAGCGCCGGGCACGAACGGGAGCGAGCGCGCUCGCCGGUGUGCGCGGUGGGACCGUUCCCGGCGCUGCGCGGACGCGCAUCCCCGCGGCGGUCCGAAAGGGAGUCCGCAGCGGAUGCCAGCUUAAGGCUGCGCGCCCCCGGAGCGAUUCCCUGCGGAGGGGCGUGCGCGGAAAGACGGACCCGAAUGGGACCGCCGGCAUCGUCUGGGCGGCCGUCCCGGGCAGCAGCCGUGCAUUGCUGAUCCAGAGGUUUCAGAGUACAUUAGUGAUAGCGGAACACAACAAUGAAACUCUUACACCCAUUACGCUAAAUACUAUUACUGCGGCAAAACGUCUUGGAGGUGAAGUCUCUUGUUUGGUAGCUGGAACCAGCUGUGACAAGGUAGCACAAGAAGUCAGCAAAGUGCAGGGUGUUGCAAAAGUUCUAGUGGCUCAGCACGAUGUAUACAAGGGAUUUCUAGCAGAGGAGCUGACUCCCUUGAUUUUGGAAGCUCAUAAAAAAUUUAAUUACACCCACAUUUGCGCUGGAGCAUCUGCCUUUGGGAAGAAUCUAAUUCCCAGAGUGGCUGGCAAACUUGAUGUUUCACCUGUUUCUGACAUUAUUGAGAUUCAGUCACCCAACAUUUUUGUGAGAACUAUCUAUGCAGGAAAUAUUCUUUGCACUGUGCAAUGUGAUGAAGCAAUUAAAAUAUUUACUGUACGAGGAACGUCUUUUGAGGCUGCACCAACAAGUGGUGGUAGUGCCAGUUUAGAAAAGUUAACCCCUCCACCACCCGUGGGCCUGUCUGAGUGGAUUGAGCAGAAGGUGACUGAAAGUGAUCGACCAGAGCUAACUAGUGCCAAAAUUGUUGUAUCAGGUGGGAGAGGCUUGAAGAGUGGUGAAAAUUUUAAGUUGCUGUACGAUCUUGCGGAUCAACUGCAUGCUGCAGUUGGAGCUUCCCGUGCAGCUGUUGAUGCUGGCUUUGUUCCUAAUGACUUGCAAGUUGGACAGACGGGCAAAAUAGUAGCACCAGAACUUUAUAUUGCUGUGGGAAUAUCGGGAGCAAUCCAACAUUUGGCCGGGAUGAAAGACAGCAAGACCAUUGUUGCUAUUAACAAGGAUCCGGAAGCUCCCAUUUUCCAAGUGGCAGACUACGGCCUGGUGGCAGAUUUAUUUCAGGCAGUGCCAGAGAUGACGGAGCUCCUGAAGAAAAAGUGA